UGUUUCAACUAUCGACCUAAAUGUUCAAUAAUUUAUUAAUAAUUCACAAGAGUGUAUUUCUCAUCAGUGCCAGUGUGUGCCUGGAGAAGGGCACGAAAGAAACAUGGACCUAUCAGUCUUGCCAAAUAACAAUCAUCCUGACAAAUUUCUGCAGUUAGAUGUGAAAGCAUUAGGUACAAAUCCUGGUUUAAGCCACAUUGGUUUUACAGGUCUCUCUGGAGCAGCUCUGAGUGGUCGUCAGUGGCACAAUCAAGUCUAUUCGCCAACGAAAGACCAAGAUACAUCAGAGAAAUUCAGAUUACAAUUAUAUGGUAAUGGCCCUAUGCUCAUUGAUAAUGUGCUCAGCAAACAUAUCACGCCUCAAACCUUAAAGUCCACCAUCAAGAGGAAUCCCUUGUAUGCAGACAUAAGGACAGAAAACAGCUGGCAACUGAACAAAGCUCAUCCAUCGUGGACAAUUCAGGAUUAUGACAGGCAGACAGAACAAACAAAUCUAGCUGAUCAUUUAAGCAAGGAGGAUCCAAAUGAUCUGAAAUUUUGGUUGGAUGACAUUUAUACACCAGGGUAUGAUUCUUUACUGAAGAAGAAAGAGUCGGAACUGAAAAGAGUUAAAUGCUGUAAAUUAGUAACACUGUCCAUAUUAGCAGUCUGCACUUUAGUUACUGUAGUCACUAUAUUAGUAGUUUUUAUUGGAUACUAAAUGAUUGAGCCAACAAAGAUUUAUAUAAUGAAAUGUAAUAGUCAUGUUUAUGUUAGUCGAUAUGGAAAUGUCAUGCUUAUGCCAGUCUUUUAGUAGAACAAUCUAUUAGUUCAAUAUCCCCGUUCUUUACCACGAGACCUGCAAACAUUUUUUGUCUUCACAUAUAGAACAUAGAACAUUACAGCACAGUACAGGCCCUUCGGCCCUCGAUGUUGUGCCGACCUGUCAUACCAAUCUGAAGCCCAUCUAACCUACACUAUUCCAUGUACGUCCAUAUGUUUGUCCAAUGAUGACUUAAAUGUACCUAAAGUUGGUGAAUCUACUACGGUUGCAGGCAAAGCGUUCCAUAGAUAAAUACAUAUCCACUUCCUUCUUGAAAGUUCCUAUUGAAUCUGUUUUCACCAGUCUUUCAGGAAAUGCAUUCCAAAUCAUACCAGCUUGCAACUUAAAGCUAUUUUUCCGAAUUGACCCUUUGGUUCCUUUGUCAAUUACUUUCCUGCAAAUAUUUCUUCUCAUUCACUCUUUCAAAACUUUUCCUAAUUUUGAAGUAUUCAAAACUCAACUUACUCUUAUCCAAUCUGAAA